UCCGUGUCGGUAGAACACACAAAUCCGGAACGGGUUUCGCCUGCGUUCAGUAACCCCAGACCCUUGAAAUCGUUUGGCUUGGGACUAAUAAACCGAUUUCGAGAACCAGCUGGCGAUUGGUUGACUUCUCCAUAAAUGUGGGAUUCCUCAGAUAUGCGCUUAUCACAGCACUGCGAACGCCGCUAAAGUUGGGCACCGCUGAAUUCUGAUAACGGCAGCAUGGAUUUCGAGGAGAUUCUGGCCAAGUGCGGCAACAGCAGUCGUUAUCAGUUCGUACUGCUGGCGCUUUAUGGCUACCUGAUGGUCGUCGUGUCGAUGCACUAUUUCUCGCAAAACGUCAUCAGUUUUGUGCCCGAUCACUGGUGCUAUCACGAGCAGCUGGAGAACCGCACUUUCGCUGAAAUCGAGCAGAUAUAUUCGCAGUUCGAGAAACCCUCGUGCACGCGACUGGAGAAGAUUGAUGAGCAUGGGCAGAACCACACGCUCAGUACCGAGCGCUGCAAUCGCUGGAUCUAUAAGUACGACUUUGGGUACAAAAGUAUGAACACAGAGCUAAACUGGGUCUGCGAUGAGGCAUAUAAAGCACGAGUGGGUCAGUCGCUUUUCUUUGUGGGCUCGGUGUGCGGAACUCUGGCUUUUGGCCUGCUUGGCGAUCGAAUAGGGCGCAUUAGGGCCUUGAUUUUGGCCAACUGGUGUGGCUUCUUGGGUGAUUUCUCAACCAUAUUCGCCGACAGCCUCACUUCGUUCUCGGUCAGCCGUUUCAUAUCAGGACUGGCGGCCGAUGCCAACUCCUAUCUCAUGUAUAUACUGAUUCUCGAAUACGUUUCACCCUCUUUGAGAAAUGUGGGCCUGAAUACAGUUUUGGGCAGCUUCUACUGUCUUGGUCUGAUCGGAGCCUGCUGGCUAGCUGUUUGGGUGGGCCACUGGCGCACCUUCCUGGCCUGCUCCUCGGUUCCACUGCUGCUGGUUACCCUGUUCUACUUCCUCGUCCAGGAGAGCGCACAGUGGCUGGUCACGCGAAACGAUGUGGAUGGGGCCAUUAGGCGAUUGGAGCGCGUGGCCAAGAUCAAUCGCCGCCAGGUGGCCGCCAAGGACUUUAAGGACUUUCGCAGCUACUGUGAGCAGCACUAUCGCAAGGAUAACGACAAGGAGGAGCACGCCAAGUUGCUGGACAUGCUGAAAACACCACGCAUGCGCAGCACAGCAUUCAAGCUGCUUCUCAUUUUCAUAAUCAUCGUUCCCUGCUACAACACCAUCGCUCGCAAUGUAGAGGGCCUAGGCAUUUCGCCCUUCAUCAUGUUUUCCCUCAACGCGCUGACCCUGCCGCCCUCGGGUUAUCUACAGGGUCUGCUCCAGGAUCGGAUGGGACGCAAGGCCACCUCGGUCGGUUGGAUGACCAUAACGGGAAUAUUUGCGGUCGCCGCUGGUCUGGUGAUAUCACAAGGAAGCAAUCGGAAUGUAGUGCUGCUGGUGGGUCUAACUAUGGCGGCCAGAUUCGGAGUCUCCAUUGCCGAUGGUGCCAGUUCGCAGUUCUCAACGGAACUAAUACCCACCAGCGUGCGGGGCAGGGGCGUGGCAGUGGUGCAUGUGGCCGGAUUCGCCGCCUCCUUCCUCUCUCCGUAUAUCCUUCACCUGGGCACCUACUUCAGGCCAGCUCCCUCGAUCAUUUUGGGCCUACUCUUCAUGUGCGGAGCAUAUGUGUGCCUGCUGCUGCCAGAGACUCGCAAUAAGAAACUGCCAAUGUCCUUGGCCGAAGGAGAGGAGUUCGGGCGUGGAGAGGGCGUAUUUGAUUUUCUUCGCCAAAUGCUUAAGAAGGAAGGCAGUAAAUCCGAGGUUGAAAUGGGUCCCACGAUUGUGGAGGAGGACACUCUGAUCAAUAAGCCCAAAUAAUUUAGCAGUAAGUGCUGUUGUUGUAUAAAAUAGAAGUAAUACAAA